AUGCUUCGCACUACCUUUGCUCGCAACGCCCGCCUCUUCACCACCUCGGCUCGCUUUCAAAAGAGCACCGUCGAAGGCGUCAAGGAUGCUGCCAAGAAGAUUGACAGGACUGUUUCCGAUGCAGCUGUAAAGGGCAUUGAGAAGGGCGAGGAGGCUGCCGGCAAGGUCAAGGACGCUAGUGGCAUCGGCAAGCAGAAGGCAGAUGGCAUCGCCGCCGAGGCAAAGGGCAAGGCACACGAGGUGGCCGGCGAGGCCAAGGGAAAGGCCAGUGAGCUCAGUGGUAAGGCAAAGGGCGCAGCCGAGGAGACGAAGGGCAAGUUGUAA